GCUCCCGCAAUUACUCAACGGAGAGCUGUAGGAGAGAAGUACAUUUGGUUAAGAAGAUAACUUACUAUGUAUUCGCCGGAAGAUUAUCUGGGGUGAUACAAGUGGAAGUUUGUUGAUAAUACGUUAACCUCUGGACAUUACGUUAAGUUAUCCUGGUUGUUCCUACUCAGAUAACUUAUAAUUGUACUAACGCCCGUGCUCCCCCAGAUGUUUUAAAUACGUCCUCCCCAAGCAAAUUCAUCUGGACCCUCAGUCAUGGAGACGGAGCAAGAUUCUGGCCCAAGCCUUCUCAGUAUUGCUAAUGAAUUGAGGGAUGACACAUAUGAUAAACUUGUUGGUGACUUCCUGGGAUCUCAGACUGGCGAAGGACUGCUUUUGGAUGAGAAGCCAUGCAAAAAUCAGCUGUUGGUUCAAAUCGGGCUGUUGCGAGAGGACAACGAGGUCCCCUGGGGGUUAGUCCUGAAAUGGCUACAGAAGAUUUUCCCUAUGUUCCAGUCUGCAGAUUUCCAGUGUCUGAUUGAGAGAAACACUGAGACAACUUUAAGCUUAACUGGUGAAGCACGAAAGAACUUUCUUGAAUCAGAUGUCAACUUUGAGUUUGUUGGUCCCAUAUGUGAUAGCAUUGGUAUUGGGAGAACCGAUUUGCUGGAAAUGUCUGACUUUUCUGAACGUGCCCAGUACACUGAAAUCACUAACGGUCUGAUGUUAGAGUUGAGUAACUUUGUAUUGCGGGAAAAAAUUGACCUCAUUGUUUUAGUGUCAUGGCUCAGAAACUUUGAUCCCCAGUUCUGUAGUGAUGGGAAAAUUCAGAAGGCCAACAGAUUGCUCAAAGCAAAGCUUAAAAAGUUCAUGGCGCACUACCGGAAUUAUCAAAGGACUAGGUACAGGUCAAAUGGUCUUAUGGAUCAGUUCCUUCAAUCUCCUUUUGAUCUUAACGAUGCUGAACUGGACAAACCUCGAAAGGGCUUUUCAAAGAAGAAACCUAAGAAGAGGGGUCCAGGGAGACCUCGGCUUCUUAAGGAGGAGUCAGAGCCGACGCCGAUAUCACAGAAGCAGCCAAAUUAUACAAUAGUUAAGUCUGAGACAGGAAAGCGACAUAAGCUUGUGACUGUGAAAGAGGAAUGUGAUUCAGAUGGGUAUAAUGAUCAGCAAGAAAGGGGACCAGUUCCUGCAGGAUCUAGGGGAAACUCUAACAUCACAGAUGGAGAGUCUCUCACUCUGCUUGAUGUCUCCAUAAUCUCUGUUCAGAAACUGUCAAAUGUGUACGGAGGAAAAACUGAAGUGUCUAAGCAGGUGUCCUUGGAUCUUCUGAAGAAUCAGUACACACUAAUGCUUGCAGAGGAUGACGGCAUGAUGUAUAUGACAGAGCAGAUUGAGGCGCUCAGUGAAACACACUCCCUAGUGUCACCAUUAGAUUUUCUACAUUACAACACACAUUACCUUUUGGACAUUUAUGAUGCGGUUGAGCAACAAAUAAUGUCCUUUGAACGAGAGAUUUUGAACACAACUGGGGAGAAACUAGGGAGGGACAACAAUCCCACCUUUAGUCAUUUUGUGAAUUUUGAUGAAAGUGCUACAUGCCGUUAUAUCCGCAUGGCAUCAGAUAUUUUGAGCCCUCAUGAAAAUACAAAGAACAACUGCAGGAGGCACUGGCUGGCCUUCUGUAUUGAAAGAAAGAAUCCAUCCAAACUCCCAGUGAAUGUGUCCAAUCGGUUCAACAACUACUUUGAAGCAGCUGCCGCUCUUCUCCACCACCGGACAGAUGUUGUUCUUUUCCUUUCUGACCUACAAGUGUUGAACGAUGAGCCCAACAUAAUAUUGGACAGCAUCAAUGAUGAUGCCAAUGACGAUGCAAUUCAAGCCUUGACGUGUGUCUUGGCUGUUGUGUACUGCAAGGUUCUUGGUCCGUACUGGCAGCUUCUCAAGAGCAAGGCACAGUAUGCUUUGUAUAGCAGAUACAUCUACUGCCUUUACCAGAAGGUCCUACAGUGGUCGAAAGAUGCCACAACUCUCAUGGAGCCCGAGCUUGCUACAAAUGUUUUCCUGCAGGUCCCUCUGCAGGAAGGAACCUUCAGCAAGGUCUUCACAUUCUGCAACACCAAUGCAGAGAAUCAGUAUGGCAUACUGAUCAGAACUUGUCUGGAAAAAGUCAUGAAAGUCAUUGCUGCUGUUAUGGAGGAGAACCUAAAGGACUUCCUUCCUGGAGGGGUCUAUUGCCAAGAGCCCUCUGCCGAGGUGUCAAAUCAGUUAAAGCACUGCACUUUCUCCCACUUAAUGGGAGAAUACCCCUUUGGUCAGGCCUUCCCCUACAAGAGUCAAAGACCUGACCUUGCACCACCAUCCAACUCUUCCAGAGGGAUGCCUUUGGCACAGAAAAAUCGUUUCUCUCUCCCUGGAAGGCAUCAGUCAAAAACAGGGUCUAAUAAGCAUUUUCCCAAAGAGAAACUCAAAAAGAAGCCGCCGAUGAUGUCAUUUGGAAUGGAGCAAAGUGAAGCUUUACCCAUACUUAAUGACCCAGUGGCAGAGGCCACUCGAGAAACCAUACUAAUAUCCAUAGAGAAAAACGGGGGACCUUGUCAAACAAAGCAAGAUGUAGAUAGGCUUUUGGCGCGUCUAGAAGGAACUACUCAUGCACAGAAACGCGAGGCCAUCCGGUGUGAGUUAGGAUACCAGAAAGUAAUCCUUGGGUCGCGAAACCCUAACCUUGCUCAUGUUGGCUUCUCCCUCACUGAUAUGGUGGCCAAGUUGAAAAUCGUGCUGCCAAAUGAAAUGGGCUACAGUAGUCCAGAAGAAGACAUUGAGGUGGACAGUGAAGAAGCAGAAGACAUGGAGUUUGGUUCAGGCCGAGCUAUUGCAGACACCGAAGCAGAUGCGCUGGACAAUGACGACCGGAACAUAAACUUAGGACGAAUAGGAGUCGCACCUUACCAAAAUUAUAGGGAGAUGAACGACUUUCAGAGCGAAUUUCCAGGCCCCUUUUCUUCUUUUACUUAGCAAAUGUUAGUUGACUUGUUCAACUAGCAAGAUGACACUAUAGCAAGAACUAGAAAAGACCUUAUGUCCAGAGCCCACACGUUGGUUUAGACUUUGCAAAAUUCCGUUUUUUUCUGUUCAUAUACAUAUUUUUUACAUUGAAUUUGUAACCAGUGUAACGUGUACUCCUUGUUAACAGUUGCUGCUGUCUAGUGUCUGAGCUUUGGUCUAUUACCUCAUUGUAAAGCACUGCUUGUGGAAAAGUUGGAGGUCCAUGUCCAUGUGUUACUUUCAAAUAUCAUGUCUGUUAAGCUUCUUUCUAGUUUCUAACUUGAAACUUGUUUAGGACUAUGUCUUAUUAUGUGUUUACCACAUGUUUCCAGUAUAUUUUUCUACAAGUUGGGAUAAACUAUCAAUAAAAAAUUUAAAAGGA